AUGAACACUGAUAGCAAUGAUGCUGUCACUGAAAACUGUUAUGGUUCCUCUAAUUAUGAUAAUGAUGGUAGUAAAAGCAACAUCAGUAGUGUUGGUAAUCAUGACGACAAUAUUGUGAAUAGUUGUUGCCUUGUUUCGUCACCUGCUAAUAAUUUUCCAUGGAAUCCUAUUUGUCGAAAUAAUCAUUUCUAUAGUAAGAUUGUAUCAGUUCACGUCUGGUUUGCGAUACCAAUCUUGAAAGCGGAUUCGUUUACUUCGUGCAAAGUUAUUAUGGAUUGCUGUGAAAGUUCAGUAAUUUCAUGA